AUGGCGUCAAGGAAGAAGGUUCUCCUCAAGGUACAAUCUCCGCUCCUGCUCCGUGUUAUCAUCCUUGGUGACAGUGGCGUCGGAAAAACCAGUUUGAUGAAUCAAUAUGUCAACAAGAAGUUCAGCGGAAGCUAUAAAGCUACUAUUGGAGCUGAUUUUCUCACAAAGGAGGUCCUCGUUGACGACCGACUGGUGACUAUGCAGAUCUGGGAUACUGCUGGUCAAGAACGUUUCCAGUCAUUAGGAGUUGCGUUCUACCGUGGAGCCGAUUGCUGCGUGCUUGUCUACGACGUGAACAACUCCAAGAGUUUCGAAGCCUUGGACAGCUGGAGGGAUGAGUUCCUGAUCCAGGCGAGCCCCCGGGACCCUGAAAGCUUCCCAUUCGUAAGUGGAGAUCUUGCAUUCUUGUCUUGUGUCUCGUGCCUCGCCGGCAAGAAUGAUACGUUGGUCCGUGCUAACUGUCAUGUGCAGGUGGUCAUUGGUAACAAGAUCGAUGUGGAGGAGAACAAACGGAUGAUCUCCUCAAAACGGGCCAUGACGUUCUGUCAGUCCAAGGGCAACAUCCCUUACUUCGAAACCAGUGCCAAGGAAGCCGUCAACGUGGAGCAAGCAUUUGAAGUCAUCGCAAGAAGCGCACUUGCCCAGGAAGAAGCUGAAGAGUUCAGUGGUGAAUUCAGCGACCCGAUCAACAUUCAUCUGGACAAUGACCGUGAUGGCUGCGCCUGUUGA